AUGGCAAACAAGAAGAAGAACAAGAAGAACAAGAAGAAGAAUUCCAAGUCACCACUACCAACUGCAGAAUCCAUUUCCGUCACACCACCAUCAGCAGUGAACCCUGUUCGCAUCACACCACCAUUACCACAAUCGAUGGUGAAACCCGUUUCCGACUCACCUCCAUCACCUCCACCACGAACACCACUGCCACCUGUUUUCUUCGAGAAUACCGUCUUCAUCAAGAUUCAAGACAUGACUUAUAAAAUGCGAUAUGAGGCUUUUGAUGUCGCAGACGAUGCGUUUAAGAAACACUUAUUCAAGAACAGUUAUAUUGCUGAGGAGAUAAAGAAAGAGUUCGAAAAAAGGCAUGGCCUCAAUUGGCAUUGCAUCGUUGGUGCUAGCUAUGGCCUAUCUAUAACUUCCAUACCAAAACGCUGCAUUUAUUUCUAUAUGAGUGGGAAAGCGGUUUUACUUUUUAAAUAUUGA